UCAGCUGAAACAGCACAAUUGGUAUCAUCCGAAAUUUUGCAUAGAAAUGCUCUAUCGCGGCGUUUAAUACCGUCGUUGCAUUUGACCCCGCCUACAAGGAAUUUCUCCACUGUGCAAACAAUUGAUCCCAAGAUGAACUUGAGGUACACCAGUCCAGAGCUCCACCGGGCUUUCAUUGCCUUGGGAAGCAAUGUUGGAGACAGAAUAGAAAUGAUUGAGCAGGCUUGUCAUGAACUAGACCAAGCUGGCAUCAAGGUCAAAAGGACAAGCUCAUUGUUCGAGACCGCGCCGAUGUAUGUGCUCGAUCAAGACCCGUUCAUCAACGGUGUGUGUGAGGUGGAAACAACCCUCGCGCCUAUGGAUCUUCUGGACACUCUCCAAUCCAUUGAGAUUGCGAUGGGCAGAAAGAAGCUCAUUGACAAGGGCCCACGUUCUAUAGACCUGGACAUCCUGCUGUAUGAUCAGGAGGUCUUUUCUCACGAACGUCUCAACAUCCCACACAAUCUUAUGCUGGAACGAGACUUUGUGUUGCGACCUCUCAGCCAACUGAUCCCCGAUGAAUAUCCUCCUCUUCCAGGAAAGGACGCGCAGACAUAUAGCGCACAUCUAAAGGCUCUCCCACCACCAGAGCCAACCCCAAUCUCCACAACUCCAAUCUCACCACAAUUCCCAUCCCUGCACGCAACAGACCCCAAGCGCAGCACUCACAUCAUGGCAAUCCUAAACCUGACCCCAGACUCCUUCUCCGACGGCGGCAAGCACUCCCCAACAGACCUCACCUACAUAACAGAAACAGUCCGCAACUUCAUCGCCUCCGGCGCAACGAUCAUCGACAUCGGCGGCGAGAGCACCAGACCGGGCUCAACACCCGUCGGAGCCACUGAAGAAAUCGCCCGCGUAGUGCCCGCAAUCCGCCAUAUCCGAGCCAUGCCCGAAGCCGCAAACAUCGCCAUCAGCAUCGACACCUACCGCGCCAGUGUAGCUGAAGCAGCCUGCCUCGCCGGCGCAGACAUCGUCAACGAUAUCUCUGCCGGCCUCCUCGACCCGCAGAUGCUCUCAACAGUAGCGCGUCUCGGCAAAUCAGUCAUCCUAAUGCACAUGCGCGGCUCGCCGCAGACAAUGACCAGUCUGCUUGACUACCCCGGCGGUGUUAUCCCGGAAGUAGCAGCUGAACUAGGCGAGCGCAUUGCGGCCGCUGAAGAAGCGGGAAUCCGACGCUGGCGUAUCAUUCUCGACCCAGGUCUCGGCUUUGCGAAGAUCCAGCCGCAUGAUUUGGAGAUCCUGAGGGAUUUACCGAAGUUGCGCGCGAUGCCAGGACUUGAAUGCUUCCCUUGGUUGAUGGGGCCGAGUCGGAAGAGGUUCAUUGGGCAUAUUACCGGGGUGAAGACCCCGCGGGAGCGUGUUUGGGGUACGGCUGCUACGGUCUCUGCUAGUGUGGCAGGUGGUGCGGAUAUUGUGCGUGUUCAUGAUGUCAGCGAGAUGUGGCAGGUUGCAAAGGUUGCGGAUGCGAUCUAUCGCGUUGAUUGA